UGCGACAGCAACCUGCUUUCUACCAUCAUGUCUCUUCUCUACGCCGCGCCACGGUCCUCCAAAGCAUCGCGCUCUCGUGCGUCUGAAGACGUUGGAUCCCAGACGGCUCAGAGCACGUCCGCGCAGCCCUCUUCGUCACCCGAUCAGGCGUCCAGCAGCAUGUUCAUAUUCCCCAGUCGUAUCAUCACAACACCCACCGACCUCGGCACGCUAUCAGACGAAGGCUCUAGUGUGCUAUCCGACGCAGACUAUAGCGCUCUGUCUACUGCAGAUCUCAGCCCUCUCUCCACCUCCGAACGAAGCCCAUAUCUCGAAUCUAUCUCCGGAUUCUCAGAUCUCUCCCCUUCGACGUCGGCACGUAGCCAAGGAGAGGGAUAUGGAGACCAUACAGAGACACUGCAGCAUGUAUACGCCAUACGCCGUACCCCCCUGCCUGCAUAUCCCCCACAACCUGGUUGUUCGCCGACCGCACGGCCGGGCAUGCAACGGGGUAGUUGGCAAUGGGAGGAGCUGCGGCAGCGACAAGGAAAUGUCGUAUAUUCCCUACCAUCUCGGCCGAAGCUAUCCCCCGCCUUACAACGUCAGGUCCCUGUCGAGCCUCGGAGACCAAGGAACUGGCUGCUUUCCUUGUUUGCAUCCUUCUUCUCCAUCGAUCCCGACACGCUCGCGUUGGUACGAGAUGACUCUUCGUCGAGAGAGUUACUAUUCCCUGGUCCACCGCUCACUAUUCGUGAGGAUGCCGGAGACGACCGCAGUUCAGGAGACGCACGGAUAGCAUAUCUGCUAUGCGAUGCUGGUGAAGAGGGGAGGAUUUUCCGGAAAGCUAUCACGUCGGCGGACUGAUGGUCAUGGAAUGGUGGGACCGAACUUUCCUGACUGUCUUACUCUGAUUGUGUUUUCCUUGUGAUGACCUGUCGAUGCUUGCAUUAUUUAUCUGCUGAGGAUGUCUGUCUUACGUCGCCUCGCGAGUGGUGAGAUUACCGUCAUCUUGAACAUGCAGGCAAUGGAAAUGUCGCUUGCGACACGCUGGUCAGGACGGGCAAAUGGUACUGCUGUAAGUCCUGUAUAGUGCAAACGAGCGUCGACCUUACUCAAAGUACGGACUCAAAUCCACGUGUG